AUGAAAGCAUAUGUUGUUAUUAAUCUAAAGCUAAUAAGAGUCGGUAACGGUGUUAACGGUGUUAAUGGUGACAAAGGUGACGAUAUCGACGGAUCGUCAGCAUCACCAGUGGAAGGAAUAAUAUUAAGAAUAUUAUUAUCAUGA